CACCGCGCGCUCGACUCGACUAAAACUUCUGUGGCGAUUUUAGAAGAAACCCCCCACCACAAUCGGGGGAGGAACUACUUUUCGGUGACGUCAGGAUCGGAGGUUAUAAGAGGCGGGGGGGGUCAGUAGGGGAGUGGUGCGGCUCAGCUGGCGGUUGAUUCAAGUGGGCGCUGCGCUGUGGCCGCGCCGAGCUGAACCUCUUGAGGAGACUGAGUGAGGCGCGCGUGAAUGGGGAGGAACGCGCUUCCUUCGCGGCAAGUCACAGCUGCCGACCGACUGAGAAGAAGGGGAGUCCCCCCGUGCGGUUAGAGGAGGCGGCGGCGGCGAGGUGCAGGGAGAAAGUGUCCGGCUACGUGCGCGCCUCUGGCCGUCUGUCUCUGCCUCCUCUCCCGUGUGGCCCCCCGCCGUGCCCCCCAUUCUCGUCUGCCCGGGGCCUCGUCUCGCCCGCAAUGCCCAGGGCCGCAGGGGGACACAGGCCGCUUGGCCAGAUGGUGUCGUCUGGCAGGCUCAGCGGACCCCCCAAGCACAGGGGCUGCAAGCGGAGGUCGAGCAGCCUGGGCAGGAGGGCCGUGUCGCCAGACUCGGGAUACUCGCUCUACUCCACCGAGUCCGAGGACCAGGUGGCUGUGAUUCACCGUGGCUUGGAUCGCUGCGCUGCUCUGCUCCAGGACUUCCUGCUCACAGAGCCCUCACGGCCGCAGGGGGCCAUGUCCCAGCGUCGCCCCGCCAAGUCCUCUGCCGGUGGCCCCUCAAGGCCUCGGGCUAAGAGGUCGCUGUCAAGGACGCGAACGGAUGGAGUCUGCAAGGCCCAUGCAGAGCCCCGGAGGACGAGUGCCCCCGCCAUCAAGAAAGAGACUUUGGCGGCUGGUGGGAGCACGGCGUUCAACGGACGUCUCGCCUCCUCCACGCCCACGCUCGCCUCGCCGCCACGUGCCCCGUUACCCGCCACCAAGCCCACAACGCCGCCCGCCAUGCCAGGGCACUCGUACAGCAGCAGUCCCCGAGCAAUCACGAGCAGCGAGCACGCGUACUCCGCCUACGUCCCCGUCUCCACGGCGACGGCCACGGUGACCGCGGCGACCUCUCCAGUUGCCGUGACGCCGGCCACGGCACCGCGCGGCACUGCCCCUUCUCUCCUCCCGCCGGCGUCCGAGGGUGGCGCGCCCUGGGCCGGGGACCGCUGGGCCGACUUGGCGCGGGCUGACGGGGCCCAUGCGCGCUUCAUGGCCUUGCAGCCCGAGUGGGAGGCCCGAGUGACGACGGACGCCAGUGGGGAAGAGGACGUGCCCCAGGACAGGUUCCCGGAGCAAGCGGCGUGGGGCCACCAUGGCCCCGUGACGGCGCUCGGCGCAGACGGGAGAGCCGAGCGGGAUGGCCUGGACGACGACGACCGCGACGACGACGACCGCGACGACGACGUGGGCUCGGACCAGGCGGUGGCGCGGGGCACGCAGCCUGGGGGGGGCCACGGGGAGGCGGCGAGGAGAGCGGGGGCGGUGACGCGCGGCUUGGCGCAGCUGCGCGAGCUGCUUGCGCGGCAGGACGUGCGCGCGUGCGUGCGCCUGCUGGCAGAGCUGGAGCACAGCGUGGUGCUGCUGGCGACGGCCCUGCCGGAGCCCGACCAGCAGGCAGAGGCAAUGCUCCCGCAGCCCACGGGGUCGCCGGGGUCACCCUCACGCACCCUGGCGCUCAUGCGAAGCGAGAACUCGGUGCUCCACCGGCGCGUGCAGACGCUGUCGCAGCAACUGAGGGAGCGUGAGCGCGGCGACAGGGAGCGGCCGGACCCUGGCUCGAACGCCGAGUUGGCGCACCUGCGCGCGGCGAACGCGGCGCUGCAGGAGCAGCUGAGCCGGAGUCGUGCGGAGACGCAGGCCGAGCGGGGGCGCCAUGACCAGCUCUCCCGCCAGCUCGGACGAAUAUGGGGGGGGCCGGGACCCAACGGCAGGGAGGGCGUGGGGGUCGUCGUGGGGGGCACGGAGGCGAGAGGACCCGAGAGCCUGGGAACGGCGCACUGGGAGGAGGAGGCAGCGCGUGUGCGUGAGGAGGUGGACGAGGCGCUGUGCUGCCUGCGCUCCGUGCGGGAGCAGCUGCAGGCGUCGCGUGAUGAGGCCGAGGGGCUCCGCGCGGCGCUGGUGCAGAGGGAGCAGGAGCUGCACUCGUUGCGUCAACUUUCAGCGACCCUGCAGGGCAGCAUGACGCGGCUGCUGUCGGAGCUGAGCAGUGACGUGCGGCAACCCCCCGUGCGGCCAGGCUCCUGCUCGCCCCCCAGCGUGGCACCACCCCUCGCCCGCCCGACACCCACACCGCAGGGCCUGCUCCAGCACGGGGCUUCCGGCUCUGCACGGCACUGGGAUAGGGGCAUGGGUGGCGCAAGUCACGGCGGUGGUGGUGGAGGAGGUCAGGGCCACUGGGACGUCAUGGGCGGUGCAGCUCACGGCGCUGGCGGUAACGACGGCACGGGUCAAGGUGUCACGGUGGAGACCAGUAGGGGUUACGGUGACCGGGGCCAGGGUCACGGGGGUCAGAUUACACCUGAUCAGCCCUCGGGAGAAGCUGCGAGAGCUUCGCAAACCUCCGGCACGACCGCCACGGGCGCUACGGCCUCAGGCAUCGUCGCCACGCAUCUGGACCGCUCGAGCACGCCGCUGUCCACCACCCACGACGACACGGACUACCUCGACCCCGCGCCCGUCCGGCCCAUGGGCAGCGAGCCCCCGCCCUCCCCUCCUCCCUUGCUCCCUGCUCCCCCAGCAGCCAAGUGGCCGUCGGCCGCGGGAAGCUACCCCGGCUCAGAGAUCGCGUCCCCCCUAGCGAAGGCGGGCGGCGCCGGUUACGGCUGGGGCCCCCCGGGAGGGUCGGCGCAACGCUGGGCUGAGGCGGGGGGCGAGGAGGUCGACGCGGGGAGCGACGCGGGGAGCGACGCGUGCCGCCCCCCUCCUGUGCUGCGGCCGCUGCGGCCGCUGCCUGACUGGAGUUUCUCAUCGGUGGGCUCUGGGUCACUAGCGUCGACAUCGACGUUCACGUCGCGCGACGACCGCGCGUUCCGCCACGGCCUGGCCUCUCUUGAUGCCAGCAUUGCGCGACUCCAGCACGCGCUCACGUCGCGCCUCCAGCCGUGAGCGAAUGGCGGUCCCCCUGAAAGGGAAUGGGGUUUGUGUGCGCGAGUGCUCAAUGCAGUGUGUAGAUGUUAUUAAUGUACACAUUUUGUAUAUUGGUAAAGAAUGUUGGGUUUGUGUUUUUAAACAAACGCCAAGUUUGAUCAAAAUUAAUAUUGGCACCAUCCCAAGUGAACUGAUAAUAGGUUUUAUACCAGACUUGGCGUUUUUAUUGUCUAAAAAAAUACUAAAACUAUUCCUGUAACCUG